GCGUAAAUUGUCACACGCCCAGCAUAGGGGAGUAUCGAGAGUGAAAAAUGUGCGGCUUUUUGAAUGGAAGCCAAAUAUGUGGAGUCUGCAGCUGGAACCUCCUCCUUUCCUCUCCGUCAAGGCCUGCGGAUCCGCCCCAGUGUUAGACUGUACUCGGUGGUCGGAUAAUCAGCUGUCAGUUGCUAAGUAGGCUUUAUCUCUUGUUUUUGGGAGAACACUUAGGCAGCAUUCCCGGUCUGUUUAUGAACCCGGAGUUUUAGCCCUCUGUUAUUAUGUUUCGGCGGAUUUUACAGCGGACACCAGGAAGGACUGGUUCUCAGAGCUCUGCUUCAGAAACGGAUCCUAGUUCAGCUCUUGGACAUGCAGUUGAUAUGAAUAGUGAUGGAUCAUCAGAGGGUUUCAUCUGUCCAGUCUGUAUGAGAUCAUAUGUAACUGCCAUCGACCUGUUUGAACAUUACCAGAAUGACCACACUGCAGCACAGACUGAGAAACAGACGCCCAUAAAUCCAGCUGUUAAUGGUUUCAUUUGUCCCUUGUGUAUGAAGUCCUAUAGCUCUGCAGAUGAGCUGUUUAAUCAUUAUGAAACCUGUCGUGGUCCUGUUGUCGAAUCUGGUCCAGGUGGAGAAACAAAUAGUUCUUCAGAAAGGAACUGUAUCCAAAAUCCUACUCUCGCUUUAUUUCUCAAGCUCCCUCCCUGUUUAAUCACCAUCCCUUUACAGUUUGAUUUAUACCCUAUUGCUUAUGUUAUGUAUAUGAACUUUAAAUACAUAGCUGUAAAAUAUCACUUCAAAGCAGGUAAUCCUAUACCUCCUUGUUCUAAGGAUAAUCAGACUGAUGGAAUAACAGCCUCUGCAUCAGCAGAAUUAUUGCAGCAUCAGCUACAAGAACUGGAGACUGAAAAGAUGAAUAUACAACAAAUGAAGGAUUUGUUUGAGCAGAGAGCAGCACAGCUAGCAAGUGAAGUUGCAGACUUGAAAGCAAAAUAUGAUGAAGAAAGAGGUUUGCGGGAAGAUGCAGCAGAAAAGGUGAAAAGUCUUUCAAAUGAACUACAGAUGGAGAAAGCUGUUACAGAAGACUUAAAGGCUGAGUUGUUGCAGCGACCAGGAGUAGAAGAUGUUACUGUCCUGAAAAGGGAACUGAUCCAGGUGCAGACUUUAAUGGACAAUAUGACUCUUGAGCGUGAAAGAGAAUCUGAAAAGUUGAAGAGUGAGUUCAAACAGUUACAUGCAGACCACCAAACAGCACAGGUUCUUAAACUGGAGACUACAAUAACCCAAUUAAAAGCUGAGCUUGCCAAGGGCCCUCAAGAAAUUGCAGUAUAUAGACAAGAUCUACAGAAACUCCAGAGCUGUGUUAAUGGUUUGCAACAGGAAAACCAGACUUUAUCAGAGAAAUUAUCAAAGAAAGAAGCAGAAUGCCUUAAGCUGGAAGAGCGUCUUAAUGAAGAAUCAGUAGUCAGAAAGAACUUACAGGCCAGUUUUCAUCAAAAAGACCUGGACUGCCAGCAACUGCAAGCAAAACUGUCUGCUAGUGAAACAACUUUGAAGCGGGUGCAGGCAGAAUUCGGUGAAAGAAGUGAAGCAAACCAGAAGGUAAAGGCAGAGCUGUCUGAGAUAGAGGUCAAAUAUCAGCAGCUUAAGGCAGAAUUCAAGCAGGUUCAGCAACAGAAGGAAGAAAAGGAGCAGCAGUAUGUGCAGACUCAGAGUGAAGUCAGUCAGUUGCAUGCAAAACUGCUUGAAACAGAGCGUCAGUUAGGUGAAGUGCAGGGCCGUCUGAAAGAGCAAAGGCAACUUUCCGGUGAAAAACUGAUGGACAGAGAACAACAAGCAGCUGAUCUACAGUUAAAACUUUCACGUGCCGAGGAACAGCUUAAGGAAAAAAUUGCUGGUUUAGCCGAACUCCAGCAACAGCUUGACAAAGCAAGGCAGCAGCAUCAGGAAGUACAGAAUCUACAGCAAAAUACUACCUCCAAACUGCGUGAAGCUCAGAGUGACUUGGAACAAGUAUUACGGCAGAUAGGAGAUAAGGAUCAGAAGAUUCAGAAUCUUGAGGCUCUGUUGCAGAAGAGUAAAGAAAGCAUUUCUCAGUUAGAGGCUGAACGCGAUGACUUGUGUGCAAAGAUUCAAGCUGGAGAAGGAGAAGCUGCAGUACUGAACCAACUAAAAGAGAAAAGUCACGCACUGCAGGAAAAGGUCAUAGAGUUAACAGAGAAGAUGAAAAACCAGUCAGAAAGCAAUAAACAGGCUCAGGAACAUUUACAUGAACAGAUGCAGGAACAGAAGUUGCAAAUGAGAGCUGCACAGGACCGUGCUCUGUCUUUGGAAACCUCCGUUAAUGAACUUAACAGCCAACUAAGUGAAAGCAAGAAGAAAAUAGCACAGCUGGAUGUCGAGUUAAAGGCAAAGACAGACAAGUUAUUGUCUACAGAAGCAGCCAAAGCUUCUCAAAGAGCAGAUCUUCAGAAUCAUUUAGAUACUGCCUUGAAUAGUUUGCAAGAUAAACAACAGGAGCUGAACAAAACGCAGACUCUGCUGGACCAAAACACUUUAAAGCUGAAUGAAAAAGUGGAGCAGUGUAUUCAGUUAGAAGCACUUCUGAAAGAAUACAAAGAGAAACAGUUGCUAGCAGAACAAAGCAUUGAAAAACUUAAAGGAGAAGUUAAGAGAUUAGAAAUGGACAAUCUGGAACUUAGAAGCAGCAAGGAACAAAUUUUCCAAGAUUUGCAGGAACAACGGCAGAAGUUUUCACAGUUGGAGUACCAGUCCAAAGAAAUAAGCCAGCAGCUUGAGGUUGAAAAGGAUAGUGUGUCACAUACAAAACUGGAAUUGCAGAAGAAAUCUGAAGAAUUCGAACAAAUUAAAAAGGAACAUUCAAAACUUGAGACAGAGAAAACAUCCCUUAAACAAGAUCUUGAAAGGCUCACUUCAGAUAGCCAGAAAAAAAUUAUGGAACUGGAAAGCAAGCUUCAACUUUUAACUGUAGAACUUCAAAAAGCACAGUCUGAGAAAACCUGUAUGUCAAAGGAGCUAGCAGAGACCAAAGACGAGUUGCUCAAGACAUCAGAGUCUCUCAAACAAACGAGCAUUCAACUUAAUAACGAAAAGCAGGCAGGGAAGCUGGCUCUGGAAGAAAAGGAAAAAUCUCAUCUUCAGGUUAAGGAUGAACUGGAAAAGAAAGUAAAAUCUGCAGUUAAGGAAAUAAAUCAGCUUGAAAGUUCUCUGCAGAAGAAAGAAGAGACUGAAAAGACACUGAGACUGGAGCAUCAGACAUUAUCUGAACAGCUUACAAAAGUGCGUGAGAGUUGUAAAGAAAAAGAAAAGAAUGAACAUCAACUUCAGGCUCAGUUAAAAGGACUUCAGGAGGCUGCAGAUCAAGACAAGAAGAAAAGUGAAGUAGCAAUAGCAGAACUGAAAGCUUCUCUACUGCAAAAGGCAGAGUUGGAGGAUAAACUUCAACAGCAGACAGCAUCAUUAACCCAAGAACUCACAGAAGAAAAAAAACAGACUUCUGAGUUGCAAAAAUCCUACAGUGAUUCUCAAGAAGCUCUAAAACAUCUUCAGUCUGAUCUUUAUGGUAAAGAAUCAGAGCUUUCUGCUAUCCGACAAGAUCUCAAGAGCACAGAAGAAAAACUGACCUUGGCUCAGGAAGAUCUGGUGUCCAGUCGAAACCAAAUUAGCAGCCAUAACCAGCUGAUCCAAGAAAUGAAGGCUGCAAAAACAGCACUGGAACAGAAUAUGCUGGAAAAAGAAGAGCAGAUUAAACUUCAUGUGACGGCUUCAGAACAGUCUCAGAAAGAGAAGGAGAUUGCAGAUUUAAAGGAUGCAAAACAGUUGCUGAUUCAACAAAAGUUAGAACAGCAGAACAAAGUGGAUGCUAUGAAUUCAGCUUUAGAGCAAGAGAAGAAAAAUAAUCAAGUAAAGCAGGACAGUUUAAACAGAAAGCAUGAAGAAGUGAUGAAAACACAGGCAGAAAUCCAGUCAAGACUGAAUGCAGCUUUGAAGGAAAGUGAUGAACAAAAGAAGAAACAUGAAGAAGAACUAGCCAAAUCAAACAUGCAGAUUACAGCACUUAAUGAAAACAUGGCUACAUUGAAAAAAGAAUGGCAGAGCAGCCAGCGUCGAGUUGGUGAAUUAGAAAAGCAGACUGAUGACUUGCGUGGUGAAAUUGCAGUAUUAGAGGCAACAGUACAGAAUAAUCAAGAUGAAAGAAGAGCACUGUUAGAGAGGUGUCUCAAGAGUGAAGGUGAAAUCGAAAAGUUACAAACCAAAGCUGUAGAGUUAAGAAGAAAGCUAGAUGAUACAACAGCAGCUAUGCAAGAACUGGGUAGAGAAAACCAAACAUUACAGAUCAAACAAACACAAACGCUUAACAGAAAGUGGACAGAAGACACUGAGGUACAGAAUUGUAUGGGUUGUGGAAAAGGAUUUUCGGUUACAGUGAGACGGCACCACUGUAGACACUGCGGAAAUAUAUUUUGUGCUGAGUGCUCUUCAAAAAAUGCCUUAAUUCCUUCUUCAAAGAAGCCAGUUCGUGUCUGCAGUACUUGUUAUGAUGAGCUGCAGGGAUAAGUAUUCAAAGCCAACUUCAGACUUUCUUCAUUGUAUAUUGGUUCUUCUUUGUAUACAGACAGUUUUGAAAUAACUGUAAUAGCUGGCAUGGCUGUUGUAAUGUUUAAACGUUUACUGGUGUCUGAUGUUUCUCAGUGUUUUGAUGAUAAGAAAAAGGGGCUAUAAUACAAUUAUUGGGCUCAUGCUUUACAGUCGCAUUGUUUGACUCUAAUUGUUACGUGUGCCCUGCUUUGAUUUUAUUUAUUUUUUUUUACUGACCACCUGUUUAACUAACUGAUUGUAACAGCUUGAUUGUAUAUUGAUAGUGAAAGUCUGAAAAAGCACACAUGAAAGUUUUAAUGCUUGAACAGAGCAGUCUAAAAUCAUCUGGCAAAAAUGGCAUACCUUAAUUUUAAGUAUUUUGACUGGUUCUCUUUCCUUACCUACUUGUUUUGUGUUUUCAGCGUAAUUUGUAACAGUUUUAAUUUACAGAUGUGUAUGAAACUUUCUGAACAUCAUUGUACCAGACUUGUAUCGAGUUCCAUAGCUGGUUUUGUCAAAGCUGGCUUAAAAUAUUGACAAUUCUAGCAACAUGCCACUGUAUUAAUUCAGUCAUGUACUCCAUAACAAGAAAUUAAAAAAAAACUCUAAUAUUCUUUGAGCAUUUAAAAAAGUUUGUAAUUGAGAAUGUCUCCAUGGAUGUGACAGUAAAGGCAUUAAAUUUCAGUGCUUUCUGUACUAAGUCCAAGCUUAAUACAUGACUGUCACAGGACACUUUGCUGGAUGCAGUUUUACUUGAAUAUAAAAGAUGAGACAGAAGAAUCUGUUGAUAUUUUUGUGAUUCAGAGAACUGUUGAAAAGUAAAACAGUUAACGGUUUUCAGUCAAACAACCCAAGUUAAAUUUGUAACACUAAUACUUAUAUUAAAUAUCUGCAGCAGUAUUCCGAAAUAAGCAGUACAACCAGUAUGCCACUGAGAUACAUUUUAAUUGCUAGACUAUGAAACCUUGGUUAAUUGACUGUACAAUAGUUUUUUUUUUUGUUGUUCUGACAUGUAGAUUGAAACUCAGCACUGUAUUGUGUAUGCAAACACUAAAAUGAAAUGAAAUGUUAGUAUUCAGUGUCCUUUGUUGAAAUCAUUGGGUAUGUAUUUAUUUGUCAGAGAAUGUUGGUUUGACUUGUUCUAGCUAUACAGUGAAUUCAAGACUAAGACUACAGUUGUGUUCUUGUUGUAGAACAACCCCAAACCAGCCAGGACUAGCCAGCACAUAAUUGUGCACACCAAAUGUUCCCAUCUUAAGUACAGCUCACAGAUAUUCGUUGAAAACUACCUCUGAUGCCUUUUGUUAGUAAAGGAACCAUCGAGUAUCAGUUCUGUUUUUCACAUUUGUACUUAGCAGUAUUUUAAUAAGCCUGUGCUUUUCAUGUAACCUGUAAUUUUUGAAGGUUGAGCAGCUUGCAUCCCCAUUCCCUAUCCUUCAUGUCUUACAUCAAUAAAGUAAAACACAUCUACCUGUUAAAUCUAAUAUAGUGCCAUUUUAAAUAGAUGUAUGAGUGGGAGGUGGUUGGUGCACUUUAUUGGAGCCAAACAUCUUACUUUUACAACACACCUGCAGACCUCCAUGCAAAAUAUCUGUCUUUUUAUGAACCUGCAUUUCUUAUGUGCCAUCUUGAAGGUCUAGUCUCAAAGCUAAAUGUGCUUAACACACUUACCUGCAUGCCUGAAUUCUGUCAUUUAAUCCAAAGGAAAUUAUUUUUUAAACAUUGUUUUGAUGCUUUUCAUGAUUAAAUGCUAAAACCCUAUCAUUUGAUAUGAUUUAUGUUUGCAGUUUUAAUGGCUCAUAAAAAUGUAAAGAAUACAUAUGUUGGUCUAAGAACUACUAUGUAAAAUUAUUAAGUAAAAUGCAUUUCACAGCUGGGGUACGAGUCCGAGGUUUUAAAUAAUGUAAGCAUUUACAUGAAACAUUGAGCUUAUAUCCUUCCCUCAGCAUUUCUUUCUUUGUUUUAUCCCAAAGUUUGAACAUAUUUUAAACUAGUUUGGUUGGAAUGAUUGUUCUACCUUAGUCUGGAGAGCAUAAAGGACAAGUUAGAGUGCCCAAAUUCCAAGAAGUCUGACAAGGGGGAAACAAAAAUCUAAUAUCCCUUGUACUGCCUUAUUCUCCUUAUUAGGCAAUUUUGAGUAGACUGUAUAAAUAUAGGAGUACAGGAGACAAAACUACUUUUAUGUGGGUUCUUCCACAGGAAACAUGAGAAUGAAGAGACUGACCACUUCAGGUUGCUUUCAUGUACAUACAUGUGAAUGUAGUAGCAAUUUUAAUUAGUACCACUGGAUCAAACCUGAGGGUUGAGAGCAGUAGUAUCCUCUGUUCUGCACUAGUCAUGCUGUUGCCUUUGUUGAAUUUGCUAUUGGUGCUGUGUGUUUUGCUUAUAUCACACACAGCAUAUUGUACUGCAUGUGGUAAGUAGCAAUAAAUAUAAACUACUUAUGUAAUAUUGCUUCUUAUACAGUAGUAAGUAGACAUAGUGUGGAAUGAUCCAACUUUAGUACCAUUGAGAAAAUUACUCUUUAAGUUUGCUUCAUUCUGUUUUAAUGUUCCUUACUGCCUUAGGUUCAUUUGACAUGGAUUUGUGUAAAAUGAUUUCAUGCUUCAAAAUGAAUAAAAAAGGCUCAAAGAAUAUAUAAAUGUCUGGGUUUGUAGGUAUAUGUUCAUAUUGUUUAAAACCUCCCUCUGUCUAUUCCACAUCCUUGAGAGUUUACAAAACAGUGCACUAUGUACAUGUAUUUAGAAUCCUGCAGUAUGUCCUGAUAUAAUUUCCCAAUUAGCUUUAAUACUUGUGUGCUUCUUUGCAAGCACUAGCAUUUUAUCCAUUGUAAAGUAUGCAACUGUGCACACAUUUUAGCAAUCAGACUUCAAAAUAUUGAUUCAUAUUGUAUUAUAAAGCUACAAAUAUGCCACAAAUCAGGACUGACAAGCUAGUUAUGUAUUUUAAUUGAAAAUGGUUUUGUUAUUGUUACAGAUUGUGAAUAUUGUGUAUAAACUUUGCUAAUUCCUGUAAAUUGUAUGAAAUGUGUAAAAUAAAUUGGUUAAGUUCUUACCAGCAAUGUAGAAAAGGAGAAACGAUGCUGGUCUAACUUUUUUAUAUAAGCCACACAGUACAUUUCAAGUGAUCAUGCUUAAAGAUAUGCAAAGCUAUUAUAUUUAGUACUGUUUUGCAUGGAUCAUUGUAAUUUUGUUUAUGAGCAGAAAGUGGACAUUUUAAGUCCAUUUCUGUACUUAAUAUGUUUCUGCUUGUGGUCAUGUAGGUGUGCCUUACAUUGUAAAGUAUCUAAUCUCUUGUUCCUUUUUUCAGAGUUUUAUGUUUAGAAAUGACUGCCAGUGUAAAUGAGUGCAAUGCAAUUAUGGGAAAGUUGCAGUGGAAACUUACUUGUCAAAAUGUAACAUGAAUUUUCUAAGUUGUCUAGUAAUGAUGGUAAUAAAAACAAGGUCUUUCUAUCA